AUGAAUGGAGAAGAAUUCACACCUCAGGUCUCUGCCGAAGGGGACGCACCGUUAAGGAAAUCAAGAAAGAAGGCCAAAUCCGGGUUACAGGACAAGGGGAAGGAGUCAAGGGAAGCAGGGGCCAAUCAGCUGCUGCCACGCACCCCUCCAUUGAAGCAACAGGGUCGGAAGGUGAAGGAGGGAGGAACCAGUCUGGAUGAGCAACUCAGGGACCAAUCAGAAGGUGCCAGGUGUCCGCCUAGUGAGGUGCUGUGUAGGGCAACUAGAAGCAGCAGCAGCCAUCACCCUAAGGCUGGGGUCGUUGGUGCUGUGAAGCAGAGUGAGAGGGGGAGUGAGAGGGGGAGUGAGAGAGCGAGUGAGAAGGAGAGUGAGAGAAGGCGAGUGAGUGAAAGGGAGAGUGAGCAGCAGCGGUUUGAGACUCCUCAGAAAAGGAGGGUGACUAGAGCAGGAAGCAAGGCAGGGGUAGAUGGCACAGCAGGAACAACAGGCAAGUCAGGUGCAGGCAAAGCAGGGGCGGGCAGCAGAACAGGAGCAAAGCAAAAUAGACCGCUGUCUUUUGAAGAGAGUCACGGAGUGGGGGGGGUGGACGGAAGUGGAAAAGUGGCCGGUAGACUAAGUCCCAACAGACGCUUGGAUGUGGAUAGAUUACUGGAUGCGACCCCCUCAAGCCAGGUGAAAAAUCAGGUGAAAAGCCAGGUGGAACCACAGGUGUCAGAUAAGUCUGAAAGAGUAGGCAAGGCUGAGGCAGUCUGUGAGGAGAAAACGGAUCGUGGUGCUGAUGAAUGGACAGGGGCUGCUUCGGAUGAAGUUCCGGGUGCUGCUGAUAGGAAGGGGAGUGCUGCUGAAAAGCUGAGUGCCGCUGAUAAGGAGCUGACGAAGCAGACAAAAUCACAGGUUGUAGCAGAGCGUGAGGUGCGGGAAUCGACGAAGCUGCAGCAUAGGUUGUGUGACGAGAGGAAUGGGCCUGAAGGCAGACGCCACGGUGAAGCGGGGUGUAGUCCGGUGGAGAACGGGGGAGCGAAGCACAGUGCAAAAUCAGCAUCACCAUCAGCAGCAGCAGCAGUAAGAGGGAAAGGCAUAGAUUCAGCUGCCGCACUGGCGUUUCAAAGGGCGUGUGAGCGAGCAGAGCUUAUGGGAAUGCCCCCACCCACCUGCAGCCUUACCCCCAAUCCCCUCCUCACACCAUCCGCAUCCUCAUGUAGGGAUAAACCGGCUAGGAGGCAGCAGGCGUGGCGGGAGGGGGGUUGUGAGGAGCCUCAGGAGCGUUCUGUCAAGGCAUGCAACGCCACAUACCACCUGCACUGCUUGCACCCUCCCCUGCCGCUGAUCCUCUGUACUUUCUUUCCUGCUCCUGUCCUCCUUCUCCCCCCUCUCCCUCAGUUGCUGCUUUGCUGUGACGGCAAGGCAUGCAGCGCCACAUACCACCUGCACUGCUUGGACCCUCCCUUGGACGACGUCCCCCCUGGCCUCUGUUGCUGUGACGGCAAGGCAUGCAGCGCCACAUACCACCUGCACUGCUUGGACCCUCCCUUGGACGACGUCCCCCCUGGCCUCUGGUUCUGCCCCGACUGCACCCACAAACGCUUCUCCCUGGGGGUUCAUGCGGUGGUGAGGCGGGCAGUUGAAUCCAUCUGGGAUGUUCGGGCAGCUUCUGCUGGUUUUUCUGCCCGGGAUACCCCUGCUGCUGCUUCUGCCAGUGCUGCUGCAGCUGCUGCUUCUGCCAGUGCUGCUGCAGCUGCUGCUGCUACAGCCGGUCCACCCAGGGGGGCUGGGUCUGAGGGGGCUAUGCUUGGGGAUUUGGAAGGAAAGUGUGAGUCUGAUGGGGCGGGGAGUGAGAGUGAGAGUAGUGAGGAGGAGGAUGAGAUUCCGACCAUGGCUGUGUGGGUGGAUGAAGAGGAGAGGGGGGUGGAGGGGAGGGAGGAGAAUGGGAGGGGCAACGAGGAUCGAGAUGAGCAGCAGUUUGUGCAAGUUCUCCCCCACGUGGAGCCCCCACUGGCCCCAACCAUGGAAACUCAUAGCAAAGCGGGUAACCAGGCCACCUAUAAGGCCGGGGCCGGACUGUGGUUGGGGGCAGAGGCAGAGGUGCUGCUUCUCCCCCACAUGGAAUCCCCACUGGGCUCAACCAAGAAAACUCAUAGCCAAGCGCGUAACCAGGCCACCUAUAAGACCAGGGGCGGGGCGGGGCAGAGGCAGGGGUGCACGUGGGAGCCGGCCAACGGGAGCGUGCUGCAGGGGGCUGCCGGGCGGCGUUUGUUGGCACGGUUCUGGGAGAGGGAACAGGGGGAGCAGGGAGGGGGAGUGGUGGAAGGGGGGAAAGACGGGAGGGGAGACGGGUUGGGGGUGUUUUUACCAGGGCAGUAUGCUCUGUGCACCAUACCGGACCGCGCUGCACCGCACUGGAUUGCAAUGUCUGACGCUCCGAUGCAGCAGCAGCUGGGGAAUCUGAAUGGCCUUAGGAGCCGGUGGAGGGAGUGUGGUCCCUUGGGUGGGGUGGAGAGCGGUGGGCGGGCGAGAGGGAGGAGGAAGAGCGGCAGGCAGCAGGGAGAGUGGGGCGUGCUGCAAGGAGCGAGCUAUGAGGCAAACCACCUAGUGCUGGCCGCGUUUCUGUGCACGCAAGCUCGAGACUUCCAAUGUCCCACAAAUAUCACAGCUGCUACAGCUGUUACAGCUGCUGCGGCCAGUGAAGCCACAGCAGCCGCCGCUGCUGCGGCCGCUACAGCUGUUGCAGCCACUGCAGGAGGUACAGGCGCUACAGCCGGGCGCAUGAGACCGAGUCUGCUGGUGGUGCCUGGCUCGGCUGUAGCGGCGUGGGAGGGGCUUCUGGAGCAGAGAGCGCCUGAGCUGAGUGUGACUGUAUUGAGGGGCAGUGCGGGGACUAGAGAGGUGAUUAAACGGUGGGAGCUUAAAAAGGAGGUGGAGAGAGGGGGAGGGGGAGGGGGAGGAGGAGGAGGAGGAGGAGGAGGAGGAGGAGGAGGAGGAGGAGGAGGAGGAGGAGGAGGAGGAGGAGGAGGAGGUGGAGGAGUGAGGGAAGUGGACGGUGGUAGUGAGGGGAGUUGGGAUAGAGAAGGGGAGGAGGGAAGUGUGGGGAAGAUGAGGGUUAAGGCUGACGUGGUCAUCACCACACCUCUUGUCUUUUCCAUGGAGCGCUCUUACCUUGAGGAGCUGGCGUGGGGCGCCAUAGCAGCGGACGGCAGCACGCAGCUGUGGUCGGCGCACGAGGCCAGUGCCGCCCGCUCCAUGGGGUGGCCACGCUCCGUCUUCUCCCUGCACGCCUGCCUGCGCAUCCUGCUUGCCCCACACGAGCCCCAGGACGACGGGGGGGAAGGGGAUGCGGGCUGCCCAUUGGCGGAAGGGCAACGAUGGGUGAAUGACAGGGGGGCCGCGGGGGAAGAAUACGGCGGAAGGGUGUCGCAAAGAUCGGCGGAGGAACAGGGGGAGGGAGAGGAAGGAGCGUCUCGAGGUAACUGGGAUCGAGCUGCUUUGCAAGGGGAAAGGAGGGGGGAGAGCUCGCAUCGGCCGUGGGGCUCACAGGAGGUCCGCUUUCCGCCGCAAGGGCGUGACACGUCGCAAUUUCAGGGGCGAAGCGAGCGCGCCGACGUGGGUGGGAGCGGCAGCGGGGACGCGAGGCGGGGAAACCAGCGCGUGAUUGCGGAGGACGGCCCGCGCGAGCGGGUGGAUCCGCGCUCGGGUUCGAACUUACUGGUAAAGUCUGACCGGCAGCCCUUGCGCGGCCUUUCCGUUAGAGUUGACGGCCUUUGCGAGGGGGCCGUCGGGGGAGGCUACGCGGAAGCUGGCGGCGGCGCAAGGGGCGCGGAAACUGGUGGGGGGAACUUCCCCCCCGCGCUGAAGGCCGGCGCGGGGCGGAGCAGGCGGAACUUGACGGCGGUUGACGGUGCAGUUCCAGUUUUCGCCGACGGUCAACCGCAACGAAACGGGAGGUGGGUUAACGAACUCGAAAAGUCGCGCUCGCCGCCUGUUCUUCCGGAUGGGAUGUGUGACGGCAGCGGAGGUGCUUUUAACGGGGACGAGGGCAGCCCGUUAGGUUCAGUACAAGGAGCUAUGCCCGGAGGGAUGGACGGCCACGGACCCGCCGCGUUUGGCGCUGCUGUGGCUGCUGAAAGGAGACCCGCGCCGUCCUACGGAUGCCCUAGAGGUGUGUUGGGUGCUCGUUCGUCCGUCUUCGCGUCCCUCCCCUCCUCCUCCUCCGGUUUUGGAGCCAUCCCCUCUGAUAUGCCGUCACCGUUUCCCCCUGGCUUGCCCUCCGCGUUGUCGCGUCCCCCUGGGCGGGGGAAACGCGCGGAGUUGGAGGGCGUGGGGGCGGACGCGCGGGGGAUUUCUCCGCGGAGUGGCGCAUUCACCGGACGCUCGAGCGGGAACGAGUGGGAAGAGGCUGUUUUGCGCGGGGGGGAGGAGGAGAGGGCGGAUGCACGGUUGCAGCGCGGGCGCGGGCGGGAGAGUUCGGCGGACGGGGAACGCGCGCUGUUCGCCCGGCCGAGAGACCGUGAGCCGGCGAUUGGGCGGGGGAAUAUCGGCCGAGAGGCGGCAGCGGCGGCAGGAGGCGGAGGAAGCAGCAGAGGGAAGUUCGUUUUCGGAAGGGCAGGAACGGCAGGAACGGAGAAGAACAAGGUUCAGAUCGGUACUGCUUGGGGAGCAGCAGGCCGUGAUUUUGACGCGGAGGUUGAGCCAGAGGCAGAGGCAGGGGUGGGUGGCGAGCGGAUGGGAUGGGAGGAAGGGGGGGACAGCGGAGCGUGGGGUUCUGAGCGUGAGUACGAGCAUCAGCGGGUGCGGCAGCAGGCACAGCAGAAGCAGUUGCGCCGGCAGGAGCAGCAGCAGCAGCAGCAGCGGGAGCAGGAGGGGAGAACGAUGGAGCAAACGGAAGCUGCGUUUGGCGAGGAGGAUCGCUGGGGUAAACGACAGGCUUGGUGUGGUAACCCGGUUAUUGUAGGCCCGUCAGGCUCAGGCAUGGAGGCGUACGGCGAGGAGAUGGAGGCGAGAAACGACAGGUGGGGGAAACGACCAUCGCGCAAGUCUAUAGAUUUGGAGGAUUUGAGCGCCGGAGAGAGGGGGAGAGUGAGGGACGUGAGAGGACGCAGAGAAGCGGCAGUGGCAGCAGCGGCGGCGGCGGCGGCGGGGGCGGCGGGUAUGGAUAAUCUGGGUCGCAUGGGGGGUGGGGCCGCCUGUUUGGAGGAGGAUGUGCCGGGGGUGGGUCGACUUGGUCGUCUUGGCAUGGACUUUAUGGGUGCGGAGGCGGAGGCGAUGGGUGUUGCAGGUGGGGCGGUGGGCAUGGGUAGAAGCCCGAGGGAGUAUGGCGUGCAGGGGGGGAGAAAGAGGAGCAUGUCGCCUGGAGGGAGGAGUGAGAGGAGCGGGUGGAGCGGGCGCAGUGGAAAGAGUGGGAGGAGCGGGAGGAGCGGGAGGAGUGGGAGGAGCGGGAGGAGUGGGAGGGAGCAUUGGGCCCAGCCAAAGCAUGUUUCUGUCAAGAGGAGGAAAAAUGGCGAGAGCCAAAACAGCGGCGACCCUCAGCAGCAGCAGCAGCAGUCGCCACUCUGCACGCCUGAAACGAUGCAAGCCUUUAUGGCUUUCCAGGCUUUCAUGACCCAACAGCAGCAGCAGCAGCAGCAGGAAGGAGGGCAGCAGGGCUCGUUCGCGGUUCCUCCUGUCUCUCCUGAGUCGAUACACGCGUUUCUGGCCUUUCAAAGCUUCAUGGGCCAGCAACAGCAGCAGCAGCAGCAGCACUCGCAAGUGGGACAGGAGGACGGGCGGGGCGAAGAGGAGCAGGACGAGCGGGAUGAGCCGCGGCGACAGCAGAGGGGGCAGCACAGGGACGCGUUCGGCCGUCCACCUCUACCCACCCACCAGCGACGCCCCUCCAAGUCUCCUGAACUCGUCACUCAACGCACCACCUCUGCUUCCCGUUCUUCCGCCCCUCGCUCCCCCCACUCCUCCGCCCCCCGCUCCCCGCUUUCCUCCGCCCCCCGCUCUCCCCACUCCUCUGCCCCGCGCUCACCCCUCCCCCACACGUCCCCCGCGCUCCGGACCACCUCACCCAUCCCCCGCAUGCCGUCCCCCUCUAUCUCCCCCGCCCCCUCCGCCGCCCCUAGCAGCGCUUCCCCCUCCCCCCGUCCCCUGGCGCUAUUUGAGCGCAUCACCCGCCGCCGCCAGUCUAGCCCCAGUGGCGCGCGCCCCCCGUCCGCCAAUAGCAGGCCCCCUAAGUUCCCCGCGCGCGCCACCCCUCCCGCUGCUUAUAGCGGAGAGGGCAAUGGUAGGGAUUAUAACGCGUAUGCCCAGGCAGGAGGGAGGGGAGGGGGUAGCCGAAUGGGGAGUGAGGGGGGUGGUAUGGUGGGGAUGAGGGAAAGUGGUUAUGAUGGAUGUGACUAUAAGGAGGGGAGCAGAGGGAGCGUGAGGGAGACGGGGUGGGGCGUGGGCGGGAAGGGAAAACGGCAGGGGAUGAGGAGGGAAGAAGCAGAGGGUAGUGAGAGGGGGAGGAGUAGUGAGAGGGGGAGGGCGAGUGAGAGGGCGAAUGAUAGGGAGAGUGAGAGGGAGAGGGAGAGUGAGGAGGAGGUGCUGUUGAGGAUGCAGAGGCUGGAAGAGGAAAUGAGGAAUGGCCAUCAGCAGGAACAACAGCGCCAGCAGCAGCAGGAGCAACAGCUGCAAUCGCAGCAGGAGCAGCAGCAGCAGCAGCAGCGUUCCCCCACCCCUCCAUCCAACCCCUUUUCCACCAUGCCAAAUCCCUUCUCAGCACCUCUCCAAACCAGCAAUACCUUCCCCUCCUUCGCAUCGACCUGCCCUCAAGGCCUUUCCGAUGCCCCAGCCGUUUCUGCUGUCUCUGCUGCCAUUGCUGCCACUCCAAAUGCCCCUGCGCCUGGCACUCAGUUGCCAGGUCUUCCCACCAGCAUAAAUCCCACUAGCGUGAACCCGACUGGUGUGAAUCUUACUGGCGUGAACCCCACCUCUCCCUCCCCUCCCCCUCACUUCUUCAGCACCUCUCCCUUCCAGUCCUUAGCUUCCCCUGCCUUUCCCAAUCAGGCCCUCCCGAACCCCCUUCUUCCGAACCAGUUCCUGCCGAACCAGCUCCUCCCGAACCAGUUCCUCCCGAACCAGCUUCUAGCCCCGCCCACUCUCUCCAUCCCUCUCUUCCACCCUCUCUCAGGGCCGUCAAUGCAUCUCAGGGCAUUAGUAGGCCUACAGGCAGAGUCCCAACAGAGCAACUCCGUCUCUCUGCCUGUUGGAGGGGCUUCUUUAGGGGUCUCCCCGGCUGGAGGGGGGUUUUUCUGCGGUGCCCCUGGCACGGCGGCGGCUGGAGGGUGUUUAGCUGGUGCUGCCGCAGGGAUGGCGUCUGGGGCCCUGGGGCUUGCGGGAACUGGUGCUGGGGUUUCUGCAACUGCAGCAGGGAUGCUGGGGUGCGGUGCUAUGGGUGCUGCAGGGUCGAGUGCGGUGCUGAUGAGUGCACAGGUGUCCCCGCAGAUGGCUCUGCUGCAGAAGUACCAGCAGUACCAGCAGCAGCUGCUGCUGCAGCAACAGGGGAGGCAGGGGCAGGGGCAGGGUGCGAGGGGAAGUGGGCAGGAGGGGAAUGGGGGGUCUGGCAAGAGAAGUGGUCAGAGGGAGGAGUGCCGUUUGGAGGGUAGUGAGAGAGAAGAGAGGCGUGAUGUGGGUGGGAGAGGAAGGGAGGAGGCGAGGGGUGUGAGUGAGGGUGAGAGGAGAAGAGGGGAUGAUGUGGGUGGUGGCGGUGAUAAUGAUGAUGGGGGUAGCGAGGAGAAUGGAGAGGAGGAAAGGGAGGAGGAGGACGAGGAGGAUGGAUGGACUAGGGACUUAUCCCGGAGCAGAGGCAGGAGUUGGGAGAGUGAGAGUGAGAGCGAGAGUGAGGGAGGGAGCUCAGUAAAUAGGCUAUCAAGUAGGCUAGAAGGGAGGAGGAAGAAAAGGAGGAGAAGGAGAAGGGAGGAGGAGGAAGAGGACGAGGAGGAUGAGGAUGAUGAAAACGAGGGGGAUAGCAGGGAGGUUUCGGAGAGGGAGGAGGAGAGACUGAGGAAAAAGGAGGCUGAGGCCAAUCCUCUCAACCCCACGGCUCUCAAUCCCUCUGCACUGAACCUCGCUGCUCUGAACCCCUCUGCACUGCACGCGUUAUCUGCCACCAACCCAGCUGCCCUGGCCCUCUCGGGAUACAACGCCUCUUCAUUGAACGCUUCGUCAUUCAAUGCCUCAUCGUUCAAUGCCUCUUCCUUCAACAACUCUUCCUUUUCCGGUUCGCCUCUGCGCCCCUCCUCCCCUUUCCAUCCAUCCUCCCCCUUCCACCCAUCCUCCCCAUUUAACCCCCCUGGGAGCUCCCUGCUUGGCAAUCCCCCUAGUAGUUCCCUCAACGGCAAUCCUCCUACUAGUUCUAUGCUCGGUAACCCCCCCACCAGCUCUAUUAACGGUAACCCUCCCACCAGCUCUCAGCAUUUCAGUGCCUCUCACGGGGGAAACGCGGGCAGUGAUUUUGAUGCUUUUCGGGCAGCUUUUGAGGCAUCUCAGAAGAAUGCGGGCAGCGGGCCGGAACCUUUUCCGCCUCUCCACUCUCCCCAGGCUUUCCAGGCGUUUCAGUCGUUUCAGUCUCAAAGAAAUGCUUCAGACGGCGGCAAUACGGGCAGUGGCGUUCAGGGCCCGAAUGGUUUUCAGUCUAUGCAGGCGUGUCAGUCGUCUCAGAACAAUGCUUCUGACGGCAAUACAGGGAGUGGAGCCGAUGCUUUCAAGUCCUUCCAAGCUUUUCAAGCUUUCCAGGCCUCUCAGGGAUUCCAGUCGGCGCAAGGGAAGGGUUUAGAGGGGAAUGCGGGGAGUGUUGCCCCUCCUGCCGCUGCAGCUGCUUUGGGCGAGGGGCUGAGAGGGGUGAGGAUGGGUGGGGAACGGGGUGGUGCGGUAGGUGCUGGUGCUGGAGGGGAGAGGGAGGGGGGAAAGGAGGAGGAAGAGGAGGAGAGAGAGGGAGAGGAGGGAGAGGGAGAGAGGAGGAGAGGGGUGCAGGGAGGGAGGCAGGAAGGGGGGCAGGGAGGAGAGUGUGAGGAGGCAUCAGGUUGGCAGGGAGGGGAAGGUGAGGAGGCAGAGGGUUGGCAGGGCAUGCAGCUGGUCGUGCAUUCUGGGAGCAUGCCUUUGGGCUCUAGAGGAGUGGGGCGGGUUUACUCUGGCAAUGGGGGAGAGGGUGACGGGGAAGGGGGUGACGGGGGAGGGGAUGAUGAGGGAAGGGGUGAUGAGGGAAGGGGUGAUGAGGGAAGGGGUGAUGAGGGAAGGGGUGAUGAGGGAAGGGGUGAUGAGGGAAGGGGUGAUGAGGUGGAGGAGCCAGGGCAAUACAGCAUGCGAAGCCCAAGGGAUUACUUAAGUGGGCGGCAGCAGCAGCAACAGCAGCAGCAGCAGCGUCCUUCCCUUCCAUCCCACCUGCAGCAAAAAGCUCCUUCGCCCACAUGCCCGCCCCUCUCCUCCCCAUCUCCCACUCCAAAUUCUCCCAUUCCCUCCCCUCACCGCUCUCCCCUCCCCUCCCCUCACCGCUCUCCCCUCCCCUCCCCUCACUGCUCUCCCCUUCCCUCCCCUCACCGCUCUCCCCUCCCCUCCCCUCACCCCUCGCCCUUUCCCUCGCCUCACCCCUCUCCCCUUCCUCAGUUCAAGUCGAAUCAGCAAAUUCCUCGUCCCCCCUCUCCCCUUCCCACUCCUCCUCGUCCCCACACACAGUCUCGUUUUGACAUGUCUCCCCCGCCCCCCCACAACCGUUCUCGCACUCCCCCACUCUCACGCCCUCUCACCCCUCCUGCUGCUCCUUCCAUCCCCACCGCAUUUGAGACGUCUCAAAAAACACCCCCAGUUUCACGCCCACCCACCCCUCCUGCUCCUGGCAUCCCCAACGCUCUAUCCGCUCCCCCUUCCCCCCUCGCCUCUUCUGCCCCCCGCCCUUCGCCACCUCCCACCAGGCGUGCUUCUCCCAACCUCCCUCCCCCCAACCUAUCACCUGCGAACCUCCCUCCGAACCUCUCUCCUCCGAACGUCCCUCUCCCGAACGUUCCUCCCCGCUCCCCUUCUCGUAGCCCUCUCAACACCCCAACACGGCCGCCCUUCCCUUCUCAACCACGCCCCCUCCCUGUCUCCCAUGCUGCCAACAAUAGAAACACUGAUAACACUGUUAAAAGUGGUAACACUGGUAACACAGGAGACACUGGUAACACGGGUGACAACGAGAUGUGCAUAGAACCCCCCUCCCCCCCUGGAUCGUCCGACCUUCCUGUUUCUUCCACCCGUUCCGCCCACUCGGUUGGGAACGAGGAUGGUAGCUUCGGGUGGCACACCGCGCCAGGCUCGGGCAUGCCGAACCAAGCCCCAAACCAGAAUAUGAGGCGGAAUGGGCAGGUGAACCAGCUGAGCCUGGACGCGUCCAGGAGCUCUGGGCAUUCGGUUGGGACGAUCAAAGCAGCCUCGGUUUCAGGUUCGGGCAACCACGGCCCGGCAUUUGGUUCGGCGCCAGGCUCGGGCCAAGGCUUGGGAAGCAGCCCCAGGCCUGGCUUGGGGUCGCCCAUGCCUGGGGGGUCCCCUAGAGUUCCCCGAGGGUUCGGGUCCCUGGUGAUGGGGGGGAUGGCAGGAGGAGGAGGAGGAGGAGGAGGAGGAGGAGGAGGAGGAGGAGGAGGAGGAGGAGGAGGAGGAGGAGGAGGAGGAGGAGGAGGAGGAGGAGGAGGAGGAGGAGGAGUAGGAGGAGGAGGAGGAGGAGGGAUAGGGGCAAAAGCAGGAGGAGCAGCAGGAGCAGGAGGAGUGGGUGCAGCAGGGAGAGGUGCCACAGCGGGAGGUGCAACAGGGAAAGUCGUAACAGGGGGGGGUGCGACAGGGGGGGUUGCAGGAGCUACUGGUGCGGCCAGGAGGCAGAGAUUCACGCCCCCUCCUCUUCCCUCACACUCCUUCGCCUCUGCUGCUUCCUCUCCCCUCCCAAGCCCCACUGCUGCUUCUGCUGCUGCUGCAAGUACAGCUGCACCGGCAGCAGCAGCUGCUGCUCUUGCCAGUCCCAUCAAACCCUCUGCUGCUGCCAACCCAGCCACCCCCACACCCAGUGCUACCGCACCCAACUCCUCCAGUUCCAGACCCUCUACUCCCACCAUCCCCACUGCUCCUGCCGCCAGUCCCAGGCCCGCCACUCCCACCGCCCCCACUGCCUCCUCCCCUGCUCCCACUGCCCCCGUUCCCACCGCUCCCACUCCCACCGCCCCCACUCCCACCCUCCCCACUCCCACCCUCCCCACUCCCACCCUCCCCAGUCCCACCGUCCCCAGCAGUAGCAGCAGCAAGCAGCGCCUACUCCAGGACUACCUGCCGCGGCGGUGGCAGUUAGUGUCCCGGCUUGGAGGGCGGCUGAGGCUGGUGGUUGACCGGGGGACGGGGCAGCAGCUGGUGGUGCAGCGAGUGCAUGUGGGGGAGGGGGGCGGGGGCGCAGGGGAGGGAGGGGCGCAGGGGGAGAGGGGCGUGGGGGGCCAGUCAGGGCAGUCGGAGAGAGAGCGGCGGAUGCACCAGAGGGUUGCAUUACUGCUGAAGCUCAAGCAUGAGAACAUCGUGCCAUGCGUUGGCGCCAUUCGUACCACCGCCCCCUCCCCCGCCACUGGCAGCACCAACGCAAGCGCCAGCCACCACAACAACAGCAGCAGCAUCGGCGGCAGCGGCGGUGGCGGCGCCAACGGUGCCGGCAGCAGCAGCGGCACAGGCAGCGGGGGCGGGAUUCACCUGCUGUUUGCGGCGUUUGACUAUGUGCCGGUGCCGUCGCUCUCCCACCAGCUCACAGAGUGCGGCCCCAUGCCCGAGGAGACCCUCGCCUUCUGCCUGCGGCAGGUAGUGGAGGCACUAACAGCGUUCCACUCCCUGGGCAUCCCCCACGGCCGUGUGCGCACCAGCAGCGUUUUCGUUCCGGAUGAUGGCGUCGUGAAGCUCGCUGGGACCUCAUUCCUGGAUGGAGAAAGGGAGGGAGGGGAUGGAGGGGAGGAUAGAGAUGGGGGAAAGGAGGAGGGAGAGGAGGGAGGGGAGGGGAGGGGAGGAAGCAAGGUGCCCUGGUGUUCCCCUGAAGAGAUCAGAAAGCAGGAGACAGUGGGAGCAGCAGCAGACGUGUGGGCGGUGGGCUGCCUGGCAGUGCACAUGGCAACGGGAGCGCUACCAUGGGCGCAAGUGGCGGACGAGGACCAAGUGCGGCUCUUCAUUGCGCACAGCAGGGCUCUGCCGGACCUGCCGCCCGAUUCCUCGCCACAGCUCAUUGAUUUUGUCGCGACCUGUUUGGACCGGGAUCCGUCGCGCCGCCCGACAGCCGCCCGGCUCGUUGACCAUCCUUUUCUAGCGGCAUGCUAG